CUCUCCUAACCCUCCUCCAACCCCAGUCCGUCCACGCUCCGUUGGCUUUGCAACGCCGCCGCCGCCGCCGCCUGCGCCUGCUCCGUCACCGGCCCGCCGCGCGGCGCGUGCUCUCCUCGCGAUAGACAAAACCAACCAUGGUGAUUCCUCCACCAGAACGGGCAGCUAGAGUCACCCAUUUUCUCAAGCCCUACCUGUUGAGGAUGCAUUUCACAAACAAGUAUGUAUCCGCUCAGGUCAUCCAUACCCCAACAGCAACUGUUGCAUGUUCCGCAAGCUCACAAGAGAAGCUGCUGAGACCAAACAUGGAGUCGACCCGUGAUGUCGCAGCGGCUGCGAAAAUUGGGAAAUUGCUCGGUGAACGCCUGCUGCUCAAGGGAAUACCUGCAGUGUCCAUCCACAUGAAGAGAGAACAGAAGUACCAUGGGAAAGUCAAGGCUGUUAUAGAUUCUGUCAGGGAAGUCGGAGUCAAGCUAUUGUGAUUGUGAAGUUGAAACAUAUUGAAUUCAGUUAGCGUUUGGGCAACAUUGAGCUGUAUUUCUCAAGUUUGCACCACUGCAACAAUGGCAGGAACUUUGCUGUUUCAAAAUUCAAAGCUAAAUGGGACAUUUUCUAGGUCAAUAAAAGGACUUUGCAUUUUUUAAUGA